AUGGCGGGAAUCCAGAGUGCCGCCGGCCAUGCUACAAUUGUGGAGCCCGUGGAGUACAACACGCGUGAUCUGAUCAUCUACGCUCUUGGCAUCGGCAGCGACGACCUUCGAUACAUCUACGAGAAGCAUGCGGACUUCGCCGCGUUUCCAACCUACCCUGUGGCUUUGUAUUACAAAGGCGUCUCCUACGAUGCUCUGCCCUUUCCUUCGCCAAUCUUGGCAGCCUUCCCGAACCCGCGCAUGCAAAAUGCGCGGGGGCCCCUUGACGCGGGGAUCACCUUGGAGCGUCUGGCAGAGCUGCCGAAACAAGGAGCCCGCCUGAAGUUGGCUGGAGGAGUUGCCAGUGCUCACAAGAAGGGUAAGGGUGCUUUGGUUGAGCGGGUCUUUGACCUCGUUGACGACACAGGCAAGAUCUACUAUAAGUUCGUGGACGCAAGUUACGUCGUAGGCGCAGAAGGUUUCGAAGACUUUGGGCCAACUCUCACGAAGCCAGUAGUUGUCCCAUCCACUCCACCCAAGCACCGAGUGGAGACCAAGAUCGAUCCCCGAGCUGCUUGCAUUUAUCGUUUGUCCGGGGAUUACAACCCAUUGCAUGUGGAUCCUGACUUCGCCCGUUUGGCUGGCUUUGAUGCGCCGAUUCUUCACGGGAAAUGCACCUUUGGCCAUGCCACGCGUGCGCUUCUGGACACCUUGGUCGCGGGUGACCCCCGCAGAUUCCGCAGCUUGCAGCUUCGGCUGGUGUCACCUGUUUUCCCUGGCCAGACCUUGUUGACUGAAAUCUGGGAGGUUUCCGCAGAAGAUUUUCUAUUCCAAGUGUUGGUCAAGGAGACCGGCAAGAUCUGCAUCGGGAAUGGACGUCUCCAACUCACGCCAGCAAGCAAGAUGUAG